AUGAGUGAGAACGUAGCUGUGGGCGAGCAGCUCAUGCAGCUCGACCAGGCCAUUACAGCCACUCUGCAAGAAAUUGAUGAGAACUUUUCCCAGGCGCACCAAAUUGUCACCUCGCGCAUCUUACCUGCCAUUCGUGAAUACGAAGCGUCCUGCUCACAAACAUGGCAGGCAGCGCGAUUUUGGAAACAAUUCUUCGAAGCAUCAGCCCAGGUGUCUUUAUCACAGCAGCCUCUUGAAGAAUUGGAAGAAACGCUGCAUGAGCCUAUGGACCCCUCCGAAAGUCUGCAUCCACCGACGACGUAUGCAAUGGAGCCAGAAGAUAGCGUCCAUGCUACGCGUGACAGUGACCAGAUUCAAUCCCCCCCGCGUCUAAGCACCAGCAUUUACGCGGGUCGCACGGAAUCCAAUGUCUUAGAGACGCCCUUCGAGCGCUUGAAGCGGGAUGUUGAGGCCAGUCGUAUGGACGAUUCUGCAUGGCGCGAUGCGCCUCUGCCCACGGGUGACAUGUCUGUGGCGAAUGAUCCUUCCGUGGCGCUAUCGGACAUUCCGCGAUCUUCUAGCCCUGUGAAGAACCGACGCAGGUCGUCGGCGCGUCCACGAGUCAGUGUAGUAGCUGGUCAAGAUGGCCUGCCUGCCAAUCCGUUCAUGACAGGCGACGCGACGAAAGCGUGGAACGGGAUUGCAGACUUGCGCACAACACCAUUGCGCUCACAUCAUCAUGUCGCGAGUCACAGAGAGGGCCAGGAGGAGGAGCAAGAUGACGAGGGCGACGAGGAUACGUCACUGGCUCUACCGCCUUCCAUCUCGCCGCCUGUGACUAUGCAGUUCAGUGUACCGCAAAGUAAAUACUUGAAGACGCCAGCAAAAGAAGCGGCGCGUCGUGUUGUGCAUGACUUGCUGCGCUCCGUUGGUGGGGAUGAGGACGAUCUUAGUGCUGCGUCCCCAUCAAUGACAGCGCCCACCUCAGGUUCUGCGCGGCGGAAAAGCGUGGUAGGCACACCGCUUGUGAAGCGAGGCCCACAACAUCGUCGCGAUUCGCUGCCGACGCCACCUACAAUUACCAAAGUGUACCAUGCACCGCCAGAGGAGGAGGCAACUUCGUCGCAUAGCCGUGCGGGGCUGCAACUGGAUGAAGAUGAGGACGGGCCUGUCCGCCCAGACGAUGCAUCCUCGCCAUUGCCAUCCAUGUUUGACUCUCUCUUGCAAGUGAAUGACCACCACGAUGCAAAACUCCAAGAGGCGACAUUGCCAUCUCUUGAUCCUACACAGAUCUCUGGACAACAAAGCCGCUCUAUUGAGGACGAUACGCUCUUUGGCUUGGGCCCCCGCCGUGGUCCAGACGGUGUGAAGGACCAGGUGGUGGGGCGGACAUUAUCAAGUGCAGUGCGUCGAUCAAGUGAUGAGCUACGAUUAUUGGGAGAAAUGCCAUAG